AAAAAAAUGUGAUACAUACAAUACGUCUGUUGGAUCUGAUUAAGUGAUGAGUCAGGGCCAGUAUUCCCAGGGUCGGGGUCAAGGACAGAGCCAGGGCCGAGGUCAAGGUCAGAGCCAGGGUCGAGGUCGUGGGCAGUAUCGUCCAUGGAGAGGGAGAGGAUGGGGAAGAGGAGGAUAUUACAAUCAUUAUGGCAACGGAGGAGGAAGAGGAGGCAGGGGGUCAGCCAGAGGGGGGAGGGGUGGAGGCCUAAUGGCAGACCCCACCCCAUCCAGACCUAAUCUAGUCCAGACAAAGAUACAAGUACAGUCUCCAUACAAAGGAUGGGGGCUUUAUUUUCCUGAUGAAGUGUAUAGUGAUCAGUCCCCCAUUGUCCACAAAGUCCAGGUGUUUGAGAAAUACUUCACCAGUUGGUGCUCUGCCUAUAAAUGGACAGACAUAGAAGAAAAAAAAUUCAUGACCGUGGACUUCAAAGAGCUAAAUACUGAUGAAGGAAUUUUACGAAGCAUGCCUGGUAUAACUACAGACCUAAGAGAGUCACCAGAACAGCUGAUUGCGUGUAUAGGACUGGCCGUUCAUCAGUUAAUCAUACACCACCGAAAAUCUACUCCUGAACCUGGGGAAGAGGACCAGACCGACUAUCACCUUCCCAUGAUUCAUGUUAGACUUAUCAACGCUUGUCAACCAAUCGCUCUAAAGAACCUCAAAGCCAACUAUUAUGGUAAGUUUGUGUCUGUCAAGGGAACUGUGGUCAGAGUGAGCAACAUCAAGCCCCUGUGUACACACCUAGCCUUUGAGUGUGGUAGCUGUUCAUCUAUACAGAGUGUAGCCUUGCCUGAUGGAAAGUACAUCCUCCCAACCAGGUGUCCUGUACAAGGCUGUAGAGGAAGAAGUUUUAUUCCGCGCCGUAGCUCCGAGCUCACUCAGACCAUUGACUGGCAGACAGUGAGGGUACAGGAAAUUAUGGGUGACGGACUUAAGGAAUCGGGCAGGAUUCCUCGGACCGUGGACUGUGAGCUCACGCAGGAUCUCGUGGACAGCUGUGUACCUGGUGAUGUUGUCACGAUGACUGGUGUUGUCAAGGUCAACAGCACAGAUGAAGGUCGAGGAAGAAACAAGGACAAGUGUAUGUUCCUGCUGUACAUUCAGGCUAACUCUGUCAACAACACGAAGGGUAAUAAGACAGGAGAUAACUCUGGCUUGGCCUUAGAUUUCACGAUGAAGGAGCUCUACGCGAUCGAGGAAAUUCAGAGCGAGGAGAAUCUCUUCAGACUUCUGGUGGCAUCAAUGUGUCCUUCAAUAUAUGGACAUGAGCUUGUGAAGGCUGGUUUAAUUCUGGGUUUAUUUGGAGGCAGUCAGAAGUAUCUCAAUGACAAGAAUCGUAUUCCUGUCCGAGGUGAUCCACAUAUUCUAGUGGUGGGGGAUCCAGGAUUAGGGAAAAGUCAGAUGUUACAAGCAGUGGCUGACAUAUCCCCUCGCAGUGUUUAUGUUUGUGGAAAUACAACAACUACUUCUGGACUAACAGUGACCCUGUCUAAGGAUGGAGGAUCUGGGGACCACGCACUGGAGGCUGGGGCUCUGGUGCUUGCUGAUCAGGGAUGUUGUUGUAUUGAUGAGUUUGAUAAGAUGGGAAGUCAACACCAGGCAUUGCUGGAGGCAAUGGAGCAACAGAGCAUUAGCAUAGCUAAAGCAGGCAUUGUGUGCAGUUUGCCUGCCAGGACCUCCAUCAUUGCAGCAGCAAACCCAGUAGGAGGACAUUACUCCAAGAGUAAAACAGUCUCUGAAAAUCUCAAAAUGGGGAGUGCCCUGCUGUCUAGAUUUGACCUUGUCUUCAUACUUCUUGAUAAACCUGAUGAAGAAAUGGAUAGUAUGCUGUCUGACCAUGUUAUGGCUUUGCAUGCUGGGAAAAACAGGUCCAUCUCAUCUGCUACAGUCCGGCGUCAAAACUCUAAUACCAGUGCCAACUCAUCUGUGCUUCUAAGUGAAUCAGAUAAACCCCUGUCAGAAAGGCUGAAGAUUUCCCCAGCGGAACAUUUAGACUAUAUCCCACACCAACUAAUGAGAAAGUAUGUUGGUUAUGCCAGAAAGUAUGUGUAUCCAAAGAUAGGACCUGAUGCAGCAAAAGUAUUGCAGGAUUUCUACAUUACCCUGAGGAAGCAGCACCAGGGCCUGGACAGCACCCCCAUAACCACGCGGCAGUUAGAGUCAUUGAUCCGUCUGACGGAGGCCCGGGCAAGACUGGAAUUGCGGGAAGUAGCCACCAAAGAUGACGCAGAGGAUGUCAUCGAGAUCAUGAAAUAUAGUAUGAUCGACACGUACUCCGACCAGUUUGGUAGCCUGGACUUCCUCAGAUCCCAGCAUGGCUCAGGCAUGAGUGGACGCUCCAAGCCCAAGAAAUUUGUGGGAGCGUUACAGAAAGUAUCAGAGAGGACGUAUAACUCUAUCUUCACGGUCCCUCAGAUGAGGCAGAUCGCUCAGGAGAUCGGAUUACAGGUUCCAGAUUUUGAAGGCUUCAUUUCCUCAUUAAACAACCAGGGAUUUCUCCUAAAGAAAGGUCCCAAGGUGUACCAAUUACAGACAACUGAUUACUGAUCCAUAAAACCGGGGAUUUGUCUUA